AUGUCGGCGUUGUUCAACUUUCAAAGUUUGCUUGUUGUUAUUCUUCUUUUAAUCUGUACGUGUACUUAUAUCCACGAUUUUUAUCCCAAAUUACUCAAUCGUUACAAAACAGGAUUUCGUGGAACUUUCUGGAAAUUCGCUCGGAUUGGCCAACGAAAAAGUCAAUACGUUUCAAUUUUCUGUAUCGGAAUGGCCUUAAGUGUUCUCUUCUGGCAAUAA